GUAGCAGACGAUGCAAGCGUUUUGCAUAGAACACAUUUUCAAAAUAUUCUAGUAUAGAUUUUUAGAUGUGAUUCAUCUGUACAAUGUAACUUAUUUGUCAUGAUCCAUAAUAAAAUACUUUAAAGAUUUUGAGGGAACCUGUACACUCCACUACUGCUCUUAUUUGGUAUAUUCUAAAUAUUGAGUCCGAGAGAGAGAAUUGAAUUCAGUCCAAGCUUCAAAAAUGCAGGAAACAAUGCCAAACCCAUUGAGUCUUAUUCCACUCAUAUUUUUGUCAAUAAUUGGAUCAUUAGUUUGGUUUGCAUUGUAUUUUGCGACGAGAAGAAUGUUCUCACAUAAAUGUACAGAAUUUUCGAGCAGAAUAGUGGCUUGCAUUCAUGCAAUCUCCAUGACAAUACUUUGUCUCCUGUGUCUAAAGCAAGGACCCAAUCCACUGGAUGGAGGUGAAGGGGAGUCGAAUACUUGGCUGCAAAUAUUCACAAUGUUAUCCAGCCUGAGCUACUUUGUGUAUGACCUGUGUUGGUGUCUUUAUUAUCAGACGGAGCCUAUUAUCAUGCUUCUACAUCAUGUGGCCAGCAUCAUCUCGCUUGGCUGCAUCCUAGCUAUGGGUUUGUCAGGCGCAGAAGCAGUGGCCGGCCUGGGCAGUAUGGAGGUGACCAAUCCCCUGCUGCAGGCUCGCUGGUUCCUGCGCACAGCUGGCUACAACCGAACACCCAUCCACACGCUGGUCGAGGUCGUCUUCAUAGUCAUGUUCGUUGCGAUGCGACUCGUCUACGGGUCUCGGCUCACCUACACUAUGAUCACUUCCAACAAGGUGCCAUGGCAGGUGAAGACCUGCACGGGUGCCCUCUUCCUCAUCUCCAUCACUUUCCUGUAUCAUAUAUUCGAGUUUGUCAAGAGAAAGUACAUUGACAGGUCCGGCACGCAUUGUCAUCCCAUCAUUUGCGAACCUGACAUUAAAGAUGAUUGAUUUUGUUUCCAGCUGAGAUUUGUUUUUGAGGUUAUUUUUGUGUGCCAAUUAAUUAGAAGUAAGUAUUAAGUUUGGCAGAAUAUUAAUCGAUCACUCAUUAUGAAUAGAUUCAAAGCUAUAGAUUUGUUUUCAGUUGGGAUUUGUUUAUGAGGUUAUUGUUGUGUGCCAAUUAAUUAAAAGUAAUUGUAUUGAAAGUAAAUGUUAAGUUGCAGAAUAUGAAUCGAUCUCUCAUUAUGAAUAGAUUGAAGCUGCUUUUACACCAAAGUUAUUAACAAAAUGUUAAUAACUUGAUCCUUAUAGAUUCUAUUAGAUUGAACAUAACUUAUCAUACACAUGAUGAACAUAUGUGUUUGUCAAGUUCCGUUCAAUCUAAUAGAAUCUAUAAGGACUAAGUUAUUAACAUUUUGUUAAUAACUUUGGUGUAAACGCGGCUUUAAAGCUAUAGAAUUGUCUUCAGCUGGGAUUUGAUUUCGAGGUUAUUUUUGUGUGCCAAUUAAUUGAAAGUAAUUGUGUUGAAAGUAAGUGUUAAGUUUGGCAGAAUAUUGAUCGAUCACUCAUUAUGAAUAGAUUUAUAGCUAUAGAUUUGUUUUCAGAUGGGAUUUGUUUUCGAGGUUAUUGUUGUGUACCAAUUAAUUAAAAGUAAUUGUAUUGAAAGAAAGUGUUAAGUUUGGCAGAAUAUGAAUCGAUCACUCAUUAUGAAUAAAUUUAAAGCAGCCCAUAGACAUACAAUAUUAUUGAACAAUAU